AUGGCUCCCAAGAAAGCUUCGCAGACUCGCUCGAGCAAGGCCGGCCUUCAGUUCCCCGUCGGUCGUAUCCAUCGUUUCCUUCGCAAGGGUGGGUACGCUGAUCGCGUUGGCGCCGGCGCCCCCGUCUACAUGGCAGCGGUCAUGGAAUACCUUACCGCUGAGGUGCUGGAACUUGCCGGCAACGCUGCUCGUGACAACAAGAAGACCCGUAUCAUUCCCCGCCACAUUCAGCUCGCUGUUCGCAACGAUGAGGAAUUGAACAAGCUUCUCGGUGGUGUCACCAUUGCCUCCGGUGGUGUUAUUCCCAACAUUCACACGGUUCUCAUGCCGCGCAAGAAGUCCAAGGGUGACGCCUCCCAGGAAGUCUAA